CCCACCCCUCAUAAAAUCUUGCCCAUAAUAAUCCCUUUGUUUAGAGGUAUUGUUUUUGUCCUUGGGAGAAUCCCAUUCCAGGCAAGGGGCAGCCGAGUUUAGAGUCUAGUCAGAAAACCAGCUUGGGCUUUGUCACUAAUCUAAUCUAAUCUCCUGCUGUCUUGCAUAUUUGAAUACAUUUAUUAGGGAAGUGGGGAGUGGUUUAGGGUUUCAGAAAGUACCCAGAAAGGCAAUUAUUAGAAACAGGACCAAAGCUGCAGGCUGUGGGAGAUGACUAACAUGACCUUGUCGGUUGUUUUGCUGGAAUAGUCCUCUUCUGCAGUCAUCACUUUAUUCUCCAAACCCCCACACCUGCGGCUUCCGAUCUUGGGUUUGGGCGGGUGGUAGGAAACACCGAAAAAAAAAGAAAGAAAAAAAACCCUCUCUUUACCUUUCUCCUACACACCAUCUUUCUUUCUUCUUAUACUCUCUUUCUUCUGAUUGCAUCCAUCCCCCAGCAGCUUCCAUAUUCACUAUUGUCGUUUUCCUGCUGCUCUUACUUACUUACUGCAUAUUUCUUCAUAUUCCCCUCCCUCCCCAAUUUAACAAAGGUAAGAUUUUGAUAGCAGACGCUGUUUGUAGCACUUACGAGAACGGAUUGGGAGUGAUGGAGGACGCAAGAAAGCACCAGGAAUUAGCAAAGGAAUCUGGAGAUUAAUUAGCUACCUGGCUAAUUGAGAUCAUGAUCAGAGGGAGCUUAGCGUUGCUUAGUUCGUGGAAGAUCCAAAUGAAUGUCUAGGAUAUAGAAGGGUAAUGAUGUGGAAGGCGGCUUAGUUAUUGGCACCCAAAAGUAAGCUAGUUUAGAUUUGUUACCUUUUUUUGGAGAUCAGAUAUAAUGGAGAUGAGAGGUGAAGAUGAGGAAAUAGGAACUCCUUCCCCUUUGUGCUAUCAAUCAAAUACGGAAUCUUCAACCAAACUGCCUAAUUCUGAUCAUUCACAUCUAACACCAGCUGAUACCAGAAGAGAUCACACAGUACCCCAGCUCCAUUUCUCUCAUCAACUGAAUCAAAACCAUCACAAACUGAGUCUGCAUCAGUAUUUGCACAAACACACAACAGACCAUCCUGUAGCAACCCCAGAUCCAGUCCAGACCUCCGUUACUGCCUCACCCUCUGCAGAUACUCAGCCGAUCGCAAGCAGCAGAUCAAUCUCAAGAACACCACCUGCAAGUAAUAAUGUUAUUCCUUCAGUUCGGUAUCGAGAAUGUUUGAAGAACCACGCAGCGAGUACUGGAGGCCAUGUUCUCGAUGGUUGUGGCGAGUUCAUGCCUGGUGGAGAAACUGGAACCCCCGAGGCCUUGAAGUGUGCAGCCUGUGAAUGCCAUCGGAACUUUCACCGGAAAGAGGUGAAAGAUCACGAGCCCACACAGCUAGCUGUACCCAGUGGCUUUUUCAUCUCCAACACCAUAAGAAACAAUGGCUAUCGCACUGAUGGGUCACCAGUUCCCCUCUCCCGCCACCAUCAAUUGCCGGCAGUUCCAAUUUCUUCGAUGAUGGCAUUUGGAGGAAGCAAUGGAGCUCCGGACGAGUCUUCAAGUGAAGAUCUAAACAUGUUUCACCAGUCCAAUAAUGGAGCCCGGGACCUGUUCGGUCAGCAGCAACAAUUAAUGAAAAAACGAUUUAGAACAAAGUUCACACAGGGACAGAAGGACAAGAUGGAAGAGUUUGCCGAAAAACUGGGGUGGAGAAUUCAGAAACACGAUGAAUUGGAAGUGCAGCAGUUCUGCGCUGAGGUGGGCGUAAGGAGGCAAGUUUUCAAGGUUUGGAUGCACAACAACAAACAAGCCAUGAAGAAGAAACAAACGUAAGAACUUGUUAGAAGUUUUACUUCAAACACAUUUCGUGAAAUAAUGUAUCCUUGUUGACUAAGUUCUAAGAAGAUAGAUUUUAGAGUAAGUGCAUGUGACACAGACCAAUAUUAGUAAGCAUCGAACAAGGGAGAGAGGCAAUAUUCAGUUCUUGAACGAAUAUAUCUCAUUACACUUUGUCGUGUUACUUCUACCUCUUACCUGGAUGUUUUAAGCAUCAAUGUUACCAAAAUCAACACUGAAAUAAGUUGAGUAACUCCUCCCCGAAACAAAGCCAAUGAAACUGGAUCAGAAGUAAAAAAGGGAUGGCCGGAGCGGAAGAUGCGAAAGGAAAGUGCAUGGUAGGCUGUUAGAUUUACAUCUAUAAUACCAAUAUUUCAAUUCUGUGGCUAGAAUGUAGACUGAUAUAAUAUCUUAUUUUCUUUUUUGUCAUUAUCUACAAAUUAUAAUCUUCGUUAA